GCAGGCCCCGGAUAUUGGUGUCAGCCCAGCCCCCGCCGGCCCACCCGAUGGGUCGGGAUACACGCUCUCGUUCGCGGUCAGCGAGUCGCAAGGACCGAAGGCAGCGAAGUGGGAGUCGGAGCCGAAGCCGGAGCAGGAGCCAUGGGCGACGAAAACGGCGGCGCCGGGACGACGAGAGACGGCCCAGGCGGAGGCGGCGAAGCCAUGAGCGCAGGCCGGAUUCGGAGGAGGAACAGUGGCAGAGGCAAGGGAGGCGGAGCCGGAGCCCCCCGCCACCCCGAUGGUGCUCACGGGACAGGUCCUCCCGGUCUGACUCUGGCAGUGUGCAGCGACAGCAGGGCCGGUGGGCCCACCGCCAGCGGACACGCUCCUGGUCCCCGGGCUCCUCGGCGUGCAGCUCAGCGUCCCCAGACCGUCCCCAGAGCCCGCGGGAGGCGGCAGCCCUGAGCCACGAGCAGAGCUUGCGUGAGCGGCUGCGGCUGCGUGAGGAGAGGAGACAGCAGGAGGAGCUGAUGAAGGCCUUCGAGACGCCUGAGGAGAAGCGGGCCCGGCGGCUGGCCAAGAAGGAGGCCAAAGAGAGGAAGAAGCGGGAGAAGAUGGGCUGGGGGGAGGAGUACAUGGGCUACACCAACACCGACAACCCCUUCGGCGACAACAACCUCCUGGGCACCUUCAUCUGGAACAAGGCCCUGGAGAAGAAGGGGAUUGGCCACCUGGAGGAGAAGGAGCUGAAGGAGCGGAACAAGAGGAUCCAGGAGGACAACCGGCUGGAGCUGCAGAAGGUCAAGCAGCUGCGUCUGGAGCGGGAGCGGGAGAAGGCCAUGCGCGAGCAGGAGCUGGAGAUGCUGCAGCGGGAGAAGGAGGCCGAGCACUUCAAGACGUGGGAGGAGCAGGAGGACAACUUCCACCUGCAGCAGGCCAAGCUGCGCUCCAAGAUCCGCAUCCGGGACGGGCGGGCCAAGCCCAUCGACCUGCUGGCCAAGUACAUCAGCGCCGAGGACGACGACCUGGCCGUGGAGAUGCACGAGCCCUACACGUUCCUCAACGGGCUCACCGUGGCCGACAUGGAGGACCUGCUGGAGGACAUCCAGGUGUACAUGGAGCUCGAGCAAGGCAAGAACGUGGACUUCUGGCGGGACAUGACCACCAUCACGGAGGACGAGAUCUCCAAGCUCCGCAAGCUGGAAGCCUCGGGCAAGGGGCCAGGCGAGCGGCGAGAGGGGGUCAACGCCUCGGUCAGCUCUGACGUGCAGUCGGUCUUCAAGGGGAAGACGUACAGCCAGCUGCAGGUCAUUUUCCAGGGCAUUGAGGGCAAGAUCCGUGCUGGGGGCCCCAACCUGGACAUGGGCUACUGGGAGAGCCUGCUGCAGCAGCUCCGUGCCCACAUGGCACGUGCCAGGCUCCGCGAGCGGCACCAGGACGUGCUGCGGCAGAAGCUGUACAAGCUGAAGCAGGAGCAGGGCGUGGAAAGCGAGCCGCUGUUCCCCAUCCUCAAGCCGGAGCCACGCUCCCCCAGCCGCAGCCCAGAGCCCGAGGAGCUGGCCCCGACCCCACCCGGGCCCUCCUCGGAGGGCGGCGCUGCCGAGCCAGAGGCGGAGGGAGCGGCGCCCACGGAGGGCGAGGCUGACGCCGACGGGGACGGGGAGGCCGUGCUCAUGGAGGAGGACCUGAUCCAGCAGAGCCUGGACGACUAUGACGCGGGCAAGUACAGCCCCCGGCUGCUCACAGCCCACGAGCUGCCACUGGACGCCCACGUGCUGGAGCCCGAGGAGGACCUGCAACGCCUGCAGCUGUCGCGGCAGCAGCUCCAGGUCACAGGCGAUGCCAGCGAGAGCGCAGAGGACAUCUUCUUCCGGCGAGCCAAGGAGGGCAUGGGCCAGAAUGAGGCGCAGUUCAGCGUGGAGAUGCCGCUGACGGGCAAGGCCUACCUGUGGGCGGACAAGUACCGGCCGCGCAAGCCGCGCUUCUUCAACCGCGUGCACACGGGCUUCGAGUGGAACAAGUACAACCAGACGCACUACGACUUCGACAACCCGCCGCCCAAGAUCGUGCAGGGCUACAAGUUCAACAUCUUCUACCCCGACCUCAUCGACAAGCGCUCCACGCCCGAGUACUUCCUGGAGGCCUGCGCGGACAGCAAGGACUUCGCCACGCUGCGCUUCCACGCCGGGCCGCCCUACGAGGACAUCGCCUUCAAGAUCGUCAGCCGCGAGUGGGAGUACUCCCACCGCCACGGCUUCCGCUGCCAGUUCGCCAAUGGCAUCUUCCAGCUCUGGUUCCACUUCAAGCGCUACCGCUACAGGCGCUGAUGGCCCAGCUCCUCCCGGACCGCCUGCCACCUGACAAACGAGGGACUGUGGGACUGUCGCCUGGUUCACGUCCACCUCAGGCUGGGCUUCCGGUCACCAACCGCCACUUUCCGCUGUGCCAACCAGGGUCACCGUGGAACCUGCCUCGGAGUGGUGAGGGGUGUACGGGACAGGCUGGCCAGAUGACACACGGGAGGGGCCCAGGGAACUCGGCAAGAGUCACGAUCUCCCUGUCCAGGUGGGUGGACCAGGGCCCAACCCCUGCAGUGCGGGCCUGAGAGCGCCAGGCCUGCAGGAGCGGGAACCCCGGGCCCUGGCCGGCAGCUGCAGACCCCCGCGCCCAGCCCGUUCCCAGGCCGGCCUUCCUGGGAGCUUGACAUGUGUUGCUGUCCACGUUCCGGAAGAGACCCUCUGGGGACAGGCGAGCUCUGGUCCCCCCAGCUCACCCCCGGUGCUGGGUGUGGGGGCCCGUCAUCAGCCCUCAGGCCCAGGAGCCCAGGGGCACUGAGACAUCCUUCUGCGGCCACCAAACCAGGACAGCGGCGUCCCUCAGGCCCCUUCCCAGCCCCACCCUCGCCCCUGUAUGCUGGGUGGGGAGAGCUGAUAGGGGUACCUCGCCCAUCACAGGCUGUCAGUCCUCUAGGCAGGCCAUGUUUUU